AUGGCGUGCCCCACCUCCCUCCUCCCCGCGGCGGGGCCGUUCUUGCCGGUCCCCUGCCAUCGCGCGACGCGGCUGUCGCCGGCAGCGCGGCCGUUCCAGCCGUCGUCCCGCGUCGUGCUGGUCCAGUGGACGCCGCCACCUCACGGCUGGUUCAAAAUCAACUUCGACGGAUCCGUCUACCACGACGGCUCCGGGCGGGCCAGCAUCGGCGGCGCGAUCCGCGAUAGCGCCGGCCGCGUCGUGCUCGCCUUCGCCGAGCCGACGAAGCACUCGACGGUCGGCAUCGUCGAGGCGCGCGCCAUGAUCCGCGGGCUGCGCCUCGCGCUCGGGCUGGGCCUGCGGCGGGUGGUGGUCGAGGGUGACGACCUCGUGCUGGUGCAGCUGCUGCGCGGCGAGGAGACGCAGACGAGGAUCCCGGUGGCGAUGCAUGCAGAGAUCGUCGGGCUUCUGCGACGCUUCCCCGGCUGCGAUGUCCGGCACGUGUACCGGGAGGGAAACACGGUGGCGCACACCCUCUGCCGGCAGGCCUACCACGGCCCGGGGGUGUGGGUAGGGAUCGUGCCCUCCGCCGUGUUUGAGAAGGCUGAGGACGACCGGCGUGGCAUGCUGCACGAGCGUGAGGUGGUCCGGCGACCGGCGCAAGAGGUUCCCUGA